AUGUUUCUAACGCUGCCACUGACGAAGCUUUUCAAACUUUAUGCACAUGCUCUCAGCUUGGUGAUAUUCGCAUUUGCACAUUACAUGUCAACGACUUACGUGUAUCUCGAGCAAAAUACGGAAGAUAAGGAAUUAAAACUUGACACUUUCGUCAAGCUGGAACGGCAUGGAUUUCAUUUUCUUGCACAGCUCAUGCUGAGCGUUGUGCAGAGCUGUGUGCUUGGUCUUGAAAGCGAUGUUGGUCGUGCAUUCCUCACUGUAUUCACUCUUCCAAUCGUGGCUAGAAUGUGUGGUUUUCCUCUAGACAAACUCAUCCUAGGUAACAAUGCUUUCACACAAAUUCCCUGCAAGAUCAAUAUUUGUUCCAGCGCAUAA